AUGAAGACUAUGAACGUAGACAGGUUAAACGACCUAGAGACGAUCGACCCACGGCCGCUACCGCCGUGGCGAGCCGAGGCCUUCACGGAGAUUGAGAUCGGGACAGACCGAGAGACAGCAAGGGAUCGGGCCGAGUCCGUACGGUCCACGUCUAACAUCGUCGUCUACUCGGACGCCUCGGGACGUGAGGGCCACCUCGGUGCCGCCGUUGUGGCGCUCGACGACAACUUGGAGAUCGCCGAAUCCCAACAGGUCCAAGUUGGACCGAUGGACCGCUGGUCUGUCCAUGUGGCGGAGCUUAUAGGCAUCUUUUACGCAAUCAGUAUAGUGUUCAAGAUAGCCCAUCAACACUCAAGGACCGAAGACGGACAACAGACAGCAUCAAUCCUAUGUGACAGCCGAUCAUCGCUGCAGGCAAUCCAGAGCGCGCGAAACAAAUCAGGACAACGGAUCGUUCACGCAAUCCUCCAAGCUGCCACCGAGGUUCUAACGGCUGGAAUCUCCCUCCGCCUCCAAUGGGUGCCAGGCCAUUCUGACGACCCUGGAAACGACGCUACGGACCAGCUAGCCAAGAACGCCGCAAGCCCAGGCAAAACCCACCCUUUCCGCCCGCUUCUCACGAGAGAGAGAGCGCUCAUUCGUCGAAACAUCCACGCUCAGUGGGAACAAGAAUGGAGAUCGUCCACCAAGGGUGGUCCAUUACGAAAGGUCGACAACACACUACCAGCUAGUUACACAAGGAGGUUAUACGGGAACCUGCCGAGGAACCGCGCAUACCUCCUGAUGCAGCUGCGCACUGGCCACAACUGGCUAUCCAGCUACCGCAAGAAGGUUGGCCACAGUGACGAUGACCUAUGCGUAUGCGGCGCGCAAGAAACAGUCACCCACGUGUUGGUGGACUGCCCGAGGUUGAGGGAACCUCGACGGAAGUUACGGAGAGAAGUUGGAGAUGCAUUCAAUAGCGUACAGAGUCUGCUGGGAGGCUCAAAACAAGGUGAGAGAGGUAAACCAGACACCGUCUCGCGAGCCAGGACGGUCAAUGCCGUGCUGGACUUCGCCGAGGCGUCACAAAGGUUUUGCGGUCGCGCGCCACGAGGGCAGCCUAACAAUGGGAACGGCAAUUAG